AAACCGACCCCGAGCUGGCUUGCUUCCUGUUGGACAGUUACCUUCGGACCAAGUCAGAGAGCCGACCCGAGCGGCCGAGCCUCGACAGGACCUCUUCAACCGAAACCUGCACAAGAAAGAGCAAGGGAGCGUGAAUCCUCGUCGCCGAAGAAGUGGAAACUCGAAGAAGCAAAACGAAAUCGGGACGGGCGACGGCAGAAGACAAGGAUAAACAUCGGCGUGGCCUUUCCCAGAUGGAAAUCGCUGAUGGGGGCCGAAUGUUUUCGGAGUGACGCCGAAGUGGCUUGUUUUCUGAUGGACAGCUAUGAGACGGGUCUUGCAACACCGACUCACAUGAUGAGAAAACCUUUUCAAGUCACAGCUCCAGCAGUUUCUAGCAUUGGUGCAUCUAGUGGGAUGGACAGAGAUGAGCAUCCGAAUGUCAUUGCAGAGGCCACAGAAAUUCAGGGCCUUGAACAAAGUGAAAGUGUGCAUUAUGAAUACCCGUUUAUGAGUUCACCAAAUGAAGUUGAACUGGAAACUUGUACUGCUCCUUCUGUCCAGUCAUCUGAAAAUGGAAAGGAGCCAGGGAAAAAAGAUGCUUGUUGUCCAAGACCAAAACGUCAAGACGAUUGGACAACAACCAAACAGACAGAAGAUAAAGAAAAUAGAGAUAUUCAAGAAGACGAGGAUGAAGAAUUCAGCACCUCUUUAAGUGUAGGAGACGGACGUUAUCUAGUGGACCUAGGGAGCUCCUCAGAGUUCAUUGUUGAUGAAGAGUGCAUCCUCCAGCUGUUCAGGUCAUGCCGGGAAUGCAACAGACAGUGUACGGUUAGAAAACAUGUCAGAGGACUAAAGCUUGUUGUUUACCAGACGUGCUGUUACUGUCAAAGCAGCUGUAAAUGGACUAACCUGCCAGAUGAUGACGACAAAGAUGAUAGUGAUUUCCAGAUCAAUGGGAAAGAUACAGCACAUGGACAGACCAACACGGCAAUGUCGCCAAGCAGUAACACUAGCUGAGAUAGUGUCGCGUCUGGAAUGAUACUCCAAGCGGACAGUGGUUGCACCGGGAUUACGCUGAACCAGGAAUAUGCUCUAGUUCUUGUUUUAACCUGUGAUAUAGUGGACUAAGCAGCUGGACUUCUGGUUAUUCUUCUGCUUUACUCUGGAAUGUGGCACGGCGAACAGUUAAGUCACUAUUUAUGGUCAGGAGUGGGGCUGUUGCAUCAAAACUGCACUUGAUACAGCUUAACAUGGGUUGUAACGGCAAAGAUGGACCGUUCUCUUGACUCUCCAUGGAUUACCCUUUUUUAAUUUUUUUUUUUUUUUUUUUUUUAAGUGUUCAGAUUUACUCCUCCUUAGACAUCAUCCUUGUACCUAUUUGUAGUUCCACUACGCCUGAACAAGGAUUUGUUAAAAUCAAGACCACCUUUACACCUGGCAUUAACAUGCAAUCUGUAUGUGCCAUAUUAGUUGACAGGUUCGCCAGACCAACCUCAUUUAUUUUCAUAUUGAGAUCUGAUCAGUGCACACUUCUUGACAAGAACACUUUUUAGCACCAGGGGUAAACAUAAAGGCCUGUGGGUUGGAUGUCGUUAUUCAGAUAAUGUAAUAAGAUACAGAUGGCACGUCAAUGCCAGGUGUAAAUGGGACCCAAAUUUUAAGCUGUGAGUUAACCAAAAUUUUUGAUUUUCCUGUCCACUUCUUCAAUUAUCCUAAAGGAACUCCCUGUUAUCAUUUGAGGCCCAGCUGCAUUCAGUUAGUUCAAGUAUAACUCACAGAGCACUGCAUUUUUUUUCUAGAUCAUUUUUCCUUUUCAGUCAAAAGACUUAAUUUGAUAUUCACACAAUACGGAUUUGAAAUUCACAUGAACUCGUAUUACUACAGCUAGAACUGCUUCAUUACAGGAUUUGUUCAGUGACUUACUUUAUAUAUUUUUGAAACGCUUUGGUUAAGUGUAUUAAAAUAAGCUUAAACUUCAAUAAAAUACUAAAACAGUAA